ACGGCCGGGCAAAAUCAACUACAGCUUCGGCUUGAAGGCAACACAUCAAACAAGAAUACCAACUUCGUACUGAAAUGGCGGAUUGUGUGCAAGUUCUUGAUCCUAAUUACAGAAGAAUUGCAGGGUCUGUACGAUCAGGACGAUUGUAUAAAGGUCAAGGAGUAAUAGCAGCAACGUCUUCCAUUCCAAGUAAAUACCAAACUGUUGUCACCAACAAUGCUGAUCAAAGAGGAUUCGGUGCUACUUCUAAAAGAUUCAACCAUGACAUGACACUUAAUGAGAAUCCUGGCCCUGGGUCAUACGUUGAACAAAACAAACCUAUCCUUGUUAAACCAUCUUUCUCAAAGAAAGGAAUGGGUGUUGGAUUCGUAUCCAAGGAGAAGAGAGCUAAAAGACACAAGACUACCCCUGGUCCUGGUCCUGCUUAUGCCUUACCGAGUAUGUUGACUACGAAGAAAGAUUUCAACAAUGCAACAGCAACGAGUAGCUUCCACACACCUAUUGCUGUACCUAGAGAUAAGGAAUCAAGCUUACCUGCUCCAAAUCAUUAUAAGGUUUCUGACAGCACAAUGAAGAGACAUUAUGGAAGCCAAGUUCAAGCAUCCUUCAAAUCGACAUCUCGAAGAGUUGACUACAACAAAAUACAGAGUGUUGCGCCAGCACCUUGCCAUUAUACAAUCAAUGAAACCCUGACCAAAGAGGCACCUAAAGUACCCAUGAGCAGCUUCAAGUCAACAUCAAACAGGGAAUUCAUCCCAAACAAUACACGUAAUCCUGGUCCAGGCCAUUAUCAUCCUCAUGAAUCUGUAGAGGAAGCUACAAAAACAUUGUUUCCGAAGAAGCACUACCUGUGUAUAUCCGCCCCAGCCAUGCCCCUUCCUCCUCCUCUACCAGAUCCAGGUCCAGGUAGCUAUGAGCUAGUCAACUAUAAAGGACCUGCUAAACAUUACAUGUCAGGAUCAGUGUUUGUAUCAUCUUCCAGUAGAUGGAACGGAGAAACUCAGAAUACAGAUUUCCCUGGACCAGCUACAUACAGACCACAGACUCACAACAAAAAGCAAUCCUUCCUCUACAACGCUCAGACUAAAUGGGCUCUUCCAUGAAGUGAUCUAUCAAACUAUCAACCAUUCUCAGAGCUAUAAUAGAAAACAAGAUUGAUGGAUACUCUGCAUCAAAUACAAACUUGUUUGGCCUGCAUUGGUUUGAACAAACCUGCACAUCCAGAUCAAAUGCAUGAAGAUCAGAUGACACACUGAUAACGAGUGCUGGAAUACCUCACUGACAAGUGGACUAUACUGGCUGAAUAUAUACUUGCUCUUGUCAGGGAUGGUACGAACUGAGCUACACGUGACAAACUGAUCUGCUUGAUACGUUUCAAUGAGUACAUCUAUAAUGAUAGAUGCUACAGAAGUAUUAUAACUCAUUAAAUGCUUUGAGAGAAGUAUGAGAUCAAAGAUGAAAUAUAAUGAGUGAAGCUAUCUAAAUCUCAGACACAUUUCAUGCAGACCUUAAAUUCAAUUGCAUAGCUUUAUUUUUGUACACUUUGAACACUGAAGACAGAGCUUUAUCAUAAAAAAUCUACAAUUAAUUUAUUUUCCUGUGUCAUGGAUAUAAUCUCUUCUAAAAAUAUUGCUGUAUGAGCAAUAUAUACACUAUACACACUAUCUGAAAUGACCUGUUGACAAAGUCCAUUAGUGUUCUAACUAUAUGUGUUGGUAAUGUCCUAUCCUUUAUGAUGCAAUAAAUCAACAAAAUUGGAGACGACAUGAAGAGUAAUGGUGCAAGAAACAAGUGACAUGUUACUUUUAUUUUUGAAUUUUUACAUGGGAGAACAUUGUGAAUGGAACUGAGAAGAAGUACUAUUCAUGUAGAAGUGCUCAGAUUAUUAUCAAUAGAUAUCUAGUAAUUCUAUUUUUGUGUUUAGAUGGGCUCUCAGAAUAAUUUCUCAUCUCCAAAACAAAGGUCUGCUUUUUAUUAGCGCAAGUGUUCUAAUGUGAUUCCAUUCAAUCUUACAUGUAAGUAGCCCAGACAGCAGCCCUACAUUACAAAGGAUACAUGACCCACAAUAUAUUUCCAAGUGUAUUCUACACUUGCCAGAAAUAUCCAGGCAAACAUUUCUAAUGAGAGCAUGAGCUGCUUUAUUCUCUGAACUCCAGCAUCUAAAUACCUGACAGAUUUUGUUGAAAGAUGGCAUAGUAUAAGUGCCCAUUAUCUUUCUAGUCAUGUAUAGUGUACAGUUAACUCUGCAUAUAAACUUGAAGGCACA